AUGACUACCGUAUUCAGCUCGUUCAGCAGAGCGCUAGACGACAUCUCCAAGAAUAAGCUCGGUCGACAGAGAGAGGGCAAAGGUACAGAGGUCAGAACGCACAUAUCUGGGCACAACACAGCAAAUUGCGACCCCCCAGCCUCUGCAAUUGAAAUACCCUUGAGCCACUGGAUCGAAAAAGCCAACACCCUGUGCCUUGGGAAGCCCGAAGUCCAAGCCAAGCUCAAGGAAGCAUACAUGCCACUCAUGGAACAGGCCCACAUGAUCAACUCAGAGGAGGACAUCGUCGUUGCUUCUGCACGAGACUUCACCUAUCCGGUCAACGUGGCUUUGAACAUGGUCCAUCCUCACGAUUCUGUUCUCUGUGAGGUGAGCAAGAAUAAGGAUAACUCGGGGCCUACCUCACACCUCAGCCGUAUUGAUCGGAUGUACUUCCACGGGCCUCCAAAGGAACCGGACCACCCGGGCAGCUCAGUGAACACCAUGGCUGGCCUGGAGUUCAAGAGCUUUAAGGCAUUGAAUGCUGCAAAAUUCGAAGAAAUUAUAGUCAGAGACAGUGAAGCAUUUGUUGGUCGCAUGGACGCCAGGGAUGAAGGCGACGAACCCGAUUCAACGGAGACGCUGAACGUCGCAACGAUUCUGAGCCAGGCAACGCACUACGUCAUGAAAUUCAAGACACCAUUCGUCGCCUUGUUUGACUACAACACUCUGAUUCUUCUAGUUAUGAAGAAUACCCAGACUGUUCAGCCCAAGACUAAAACCACUAAAACUAAGGCCAGAGGUUAUGGCGGAGAUUUCGCAUAUAUGACCGUUGUCAAGAAUAGCAAUCAGAUGCGCAGCGCGAUGCUGGGGUUCCUGCUCUCCGCACACCUGGAGAGGGAAAACGACGAUAGCUGGCAUAAGUCCGCAAACGGCACGGAUAUUUUGAUCGACCCCUCCAAUCUGCCCAGAAUGGGGCCACGUGGUGCGCCUGGCUCGAGAGCACUCCCGGACCGUAGUGCGACAAAGAGGUCGUACAAGGAGAGGAAUACCUCGGAAAGCGAGGGAGGCUCACAGUACUCACAGAAUAGGGGACACGCUGCGAGCCACACCGGUCCCGUUGCUCAUGGAGGGCCCCCCCGCAAGCCGUCAUGUCUGGUCAAGACCAGCUCUAGCCUCUCCAGCGCCUCCACGUCGAGCUCGAGCUCUGCGAGCAGCCGCGGGUCGUGCGGCAGCGCGACGACCGUGUCUUCUACCGGCAGCGCCGGGAAGCCUACCAAACCCAACCCCAAUGCCCAUGUCACAACUACUACUGGCGCGGCCAAGACCGCAACCGCAACCGCCCGGCCCCCCACCAGUACCACAACUACUACUCCUUCUGGCCCCACCGGCACCAAACCCGUGAAGCAGUUCACCAAGGUGGCCCCGAGCCCGGCAAACAGUGUUGCGAACAAGGCCGGCAGCGGGUAGCUGCCGGCCUUGUGUGCGAGCAGGCGCGGCAUCGACCGGCCGCUGGCAAGAGGUGGUGGCGGAGAGGUAAGCUUAACAGCACUAGUAUAUAAACAGGGUACUAGUAUUAUUAGAGCUAUAAUAAGCAUAAAAUUAUAUAAAUAUAUAUUAUGCUUAGAAUUGCAGAUGCUUAUCACCCUCACCGCCAUCACGUGUCAUUACCCUUGUACCACAAGCGUUGUGAAUGGUUUCUUGGUAGA